AUGCCUCAUGAAGAGGUCAAGCACACCUAUGUCCACUUCAGCUGUAAUGCGGACGCGAAGAAAGCGCGGAAAGAGAAGGAUGGAGGACAAAUUGGCAAGGCCUCAGAGGUCAAGCUCGUGUUCACGGAUGAGAAGAAGUGGAUCCGCUUGCGCGACGGUGUGAGCCUGGCGGGCGGCUGGUGGGGUCCGCGUGCACGAUGGAUGAAGGCCUACGGCACCGAUGCAUACAAAGGCUAUCGACCGGAUGUGUCUCGGAGGUGUCGACCGAACCUGUGA